UAUUAUGAUAAAAUCAUGGGAGCUCGGGGAACAAGAUCCAUUUAUUUGUGAUUACAGCCGAGCAGCACAUGGUACAGAGAGAAGAGAGACUCUGAGUGUGUUACACAUGCCCUCUCAUGCUGGCAGAUGGUUGUGGUUCUGAUGCUGCCUCCUUUAUAGAUAGAGCCAAGAAACUGGUCCUUUUCAGAAAAUUUCAUCUACACUUUGCCAACAUUGAGCACAGACUGAUGGAUUUCCCAGCAUCAGGGAGCUGAGCUGGUAUGUCAACUGCCUUUCUCUGCCGAACUCAUCCUCCUCAUUCAAAGGGUAUUCUCUCUCUCUCUCUCUCUCUCUCUCUCUCUCUCUCUCUCUCUCUCUCUCUCUCUCUCUCUCUUCAAAAAACAUUGGGGGAGAGAGUAGUUUUUUAGAAAAAUCUAGGAAAGCAUUUUAUGUGAAAUUUCUUACAAGGAAGUAAGAAAACGGAGAACUCUGGCAGGACAAAGAGGAAACACAGCCAGUGCGAGUGAGUGGAGACAGGAGCCGUGUUGAGGUGGGAGGGACGUAACUGAGUGAAAAUUGGGCUCUGUGUCUUAUGACUGACAGACUUCUAUGCAGAAAAUAUCCCCAGAAUCAUCAUGUUUUAUUGUUGUGUUGCUAUGUCAACAAAAGCUAGCAUUUUGCACCUGUGUUGUGUGAUAUUCUACACGUUACUGAGCCAGCUUAGACCUUUGAAUUUCCGCACAUUCAGAAACUUAAUUCAUAUGUUCUUAAAGAGGUGUUUGCUUCUAAGUGUGCAUUUGGGAAGAAUGGCCCUGCAAAGACUAUUUUACAAUGUGCUUAAUAUAACAAACAAAAUCUUAAUAUUGAGAUUCUGAAAGAUAAAUAGUACAGGCUUUCUUUUAUAUGCAGACUUUUGAUUUAAAUUUGUAUGUAAUAUAUAGAUGUACUUAUGAAACUAGAAAGGGGACCAUGGACCAUGGCAGGGGAGAAGAGAUCUUCAGGCAGUGAGAGCAAAAGAGAAGGUAAUGGAAUGCAUAAGGGUAAGGAAAUGGGCAGGAGGAGGACUAUGUGGGGAAGAGGGAGAGCAGACAGAUGGGAGUGAGGAGCAGACAGAUGGGAGUGAGGGGGUGUGGAGUCAGCAAGGAAGAUAAGAGCAAAGUGUGUAGGAAAAUGCCUGAUGAAACACAGUGUACUGCAUGCCAACUCAAAUAUAAUAAGAAAACUCUGUCUUUGAGACAACUAUAUUCUCUGAGACCAUGACUAGAAAUCUGAAAGCCAGAAGUCUGGGUGACUUAACUGUAUUGUUUUUGCUAAUCCUGACCUGGUUAACCAGUUUAAAUACUACCUGUAGUAUUCCAUCUGUAUAAACCUAUUGUCUAUAUAGACUUGGAAUGUUAAAUUCCUUGUUUGGCUCAAUGAACUUUGUAAAUAUCAAUUACCAGCCUAAUUGAAGGAGAAUGGGAUUAUUUUCAACAUUCCCAUUUUUACUCAUGAUGUCCGACAAGUCACUUUAUCUUACUGAAGUUCCUGCUGGCUUUUAAGAGGCAGCUCAUUCAAAGGUGCAGUUAGUGAACCACAGAGGGGUGGUCUGUGUGAUAUGACGUAGCAAUGGCGAAAUUAUCUCUGUGGAACUACGAGAUCUUGUGUAAUUUCCCCAAAAUGGUCAGUCAUAGUUAGGGGAGUGGUGGGCUCCAUUUGUGUCUGAAAGGGUCUCACAGAGAGGCCAUCAUUUAAAUUUAGGACAGGCAUCACCUUCAGCACUAAAGCAACGUAAAGGGAGCCGACCUGACCUAAGAGUUUUCAUGUGGGGUCCUUUGAUUUCUUCUCAUUCGAACAGGGAUGGCUCAGUAGCAGGCAUGGGACCCCAGAACUCCAGCACCAUAGCUGAGCUGGUCCUUGUGGGGUUUUCUGAUCACCCCCAGACUGAGAUUCCCCUCUUCCUCUUCUUCUCCCUGGUCUACCUAGCGAACUGUCUGGGGAACAUGGCUGUCAUCACGUUAGUGGCUCUAGACUCCUCUCUGCAGACACCCAUGUAUUUCUUCCUCUGCCACCUGGCUUUCCUCAAUGGAUUCUUCAGCACAGUUGUGACUCCAAAGAUGCUCUUCAAUUUUCUUGCAAGCAGGAAGGUCAUCUCUUACCCAUUCUGCCUGGCUCAGACCUACCUCACUCUAUUCUUGGAGUCAACUGAGUGCUUUCUCCUUGCAGUGAUGGCCAUAGAUCGCUACGUGGCCAUCUGCUAUCCGCUGAGGUACCUUCUCAUCAUGAGCUGGGCGGUGUGUACAGCUCUGGCAGUGGCAGUCUGGGUCACAGGCUUUUGUGCCUCAGUUAUACCUCUCUACAUCGUAAUCCUUCCACUCUGCGGUCCUUACGUUGUUGAUUAUCUUUUCUGUGAACUGCCUGUCCUUCUGCACAUGUUCUGUGCAGACACAUCUCUGCAGGAGGCCACGAUGGCCAUCGGAGGGGCUGGCACAGUGCUACUCCCUUUCCUCCUGAUCGUCCUCUCCUACCUUCGCAUCUUGGUGGCUGUGAUAAGAAUAGACUCAGUUGAGGGCAGAAAAAAGGCCUUUUCAACGUGUGCUUCACACUUGGCUGUGGUGACCAUCUAUUACGGAACAGGGCUGAUCAGGUACUUAAGGCCCAAGUCCCUCUACUCCGCCGAGGGAGACAAGCUGAUCUCUGUGUUCUAUGCGGUCAUUGGUCCAGCACUGAACCCGUUCAUCUACAGUCUGCGGAACAAGGAAGUGCAGAGUGCCAUGAGGAGAGUGAUUGAGAGGUACAAAAAAGGCACAAGAAUCACAUUCUAGAACCCUCAGGAGAAGAGCAUUGUAUUCAUUUGCCUAACAGGUUCACGCCCACAUUCUGUGAGACUAAACCUCACCAGUGGCAAUUUCCGCUUGCCAGAACUGCUGAUGAAGAGACUCAUAUUUUGACAGAUUCCCCCCCCCAAAACUUUUUGUUUCAUAUUUGUCACUUCUAUGGGAAAAUAUUGAUGUGCAUUAAUAAGGAGUCAACGUGUCAUCUGUCAGCUCAAUCAAAUAUGGAUAAGAACUAAGAAUAUACAUGAGCACAUGAACUUCAUGUCAACAAUGUUGUCACUGACCACAUU